UGAUGUCAUAAAGCCAAGUUUGGGAAGUUUACAUGUGUCUCUCAAGACAUGAACCAACCAUUUGAACUCAGAAUCGAACUCGAGAUCACACCUUUGUGAGAGAGAGAGCGAAUUUUCAAUUGAGGCAAACUGUUCAUCAAUGACAGACUGCAUCUACACAAGAACAAUGGACCAGCAACAACUCUACGAGGAUGCCACAGCGAUCAGCUAUCAACAGCUCUCUGCAGAGCUCCAGGCUGAAAAAGAUAACAAUUAUUAUCUUCAGCUGCAAUUCGCUUCACGUGAGACAAACCUGAGCUGUGAUGAGAAGGUGAAGCACCUUAAGAAUGAAGUGGUCAGACUGGUGGUCCUAAACGGGUCCCUCCAGCAACAAGUAGAGACUACUGCACUUCUUCAGUGGGAAAAUAGCAACCUGCAGGAAGAAAACCGCACCUUACAGGAUCAGGUGCACGUCCAAACAUGGUCCCUCCAGCAACAAGUAGAGACUACUGCACUUCUUCAGUGGCAAAAUAGCAACAUGCAGGAAGAAAUCCGCACCUUAAAUGAUCGGGUCCUCGUCCAAACGGGGUUCCUCCUGAAACAAGUGGAGGAUACUGAACUUCUUAAGUGGCAAAAUAGCAACCUGCAGGAAGAAAACCGGACCUUACAGGAUCAGUUGUUCGUCAAAACGGGGUCCCUCCAGCAACAAGUGGAGAAUACGACGCUGCUUCACGAGGAAAAUAACACCCAGCAGGAUGAAAACAGCCCCCUGCAUGAGGAGAACCGCAUCUUGCAGGAGAAGCUGACCCAGAAUAACACCGAAGUGGUCAGACAGAGCCUCCAAAACGACUUCCUCCAGAACCAAGUGGACUACUUGAAUAAGCUCCUGGAAGAGAAAGACAGCACCCUACAGGACGAAAUACGCACCUUGCAGAAUGGAAAUAGCACCCUGCAGGACAAAAUACGCACCUUGCAGAAUGAAAAUAGCACCCUGCAUGAUGAGGUGCUCGUCCAAACGGGGUCCCUCCAGAAACACAUGGAGAAUACUACGCUGCUUCGGGAGGAAAAUAAUACCCAGCAGGACAAAAUCCGCACCUUGCAGAAUGAAAAUAGCAAACUGCAGGAUGAGGUGCUCAUCGAAACAGGGUCCCUCCAGAAACAAGUUGAGAAAACUGCACUUCUUCGAGAGGAAAAUAGCACCCUGCAGGACAAAAUCCGCACCUUGCAGAAUGGAAAUAGCACCAUGCAGGACAAAAUCCGCACUUUGCAGAAUGAAAAUACCACCCUGCAGGAUGAGGUGCUCGUCCAAACAGGGUCCCUCCAGAAACAAGUUGAGAAAACUGCACUUCUUCGAGAGGAAAAUAGCACCCUGCAGGACAAAAUCCGCACCUUGCAGAAUGGAAAUAGCACCAUGCAGGACAAAAUCCGCACCUUGCAGAAUGAAAAUACCACCCUGCAGGAUGAGGUGCUCGUCCAAACAGGGUCCCUCCAGAAACAAGUUGAGAAAACUGCACUUCUUCGAGAGGAAAAUAGCACCCUGCAGGAUGAGGUGCUCGUCCAAACGGGGUCCCUCCAGAAACACAUGGAGAAUACCACGCUGCUUCGGGAGGAAAAUAACACCCUGCAGGACAAAAUCCGCACCUUGCAGAAUGAAAAUAGCAAACUGCAGGAUGAGGUGCUCAUCGAAACAGGGUCCCUCCAGAAACAAGUUGAGAAAACUGCACUUCUUCGAGAGGAAAAUAGCACCCUGCAGGACAAAAGCCGCACCUUGCAGAAUGGAAAUAGCACCAUGCAGGACAAAAUCCGCACCUUGCAGAAUGGAAAUAGCACCAUGCAGGACAAAAUCCGCACCUUGCAGAAUGGAAAUAGCACCCUGCAGGAAAAAAUCCGCACCUUGCAGAAUGAAAAUAGCAAACUGCAGGAUGAGGUGCUCGUUGAAACAGGGUCCCUCCAGAAACAAGUUGAGAAAACUGCACUUCUUCGAGAGGAAAAUAGCAUCUUGCAGGACAAAAUCCGCACCUUGCAGAAUGAAAAUACCACCCUGCAGGAUGAGGUGCUCGUCGAAACAGGGUCCCCCCAGAAACAAGUUGAGAAAACUGCACUUCUUCGAGAGGAAACUAGCACCCUGCAGGACGAAAUCCGCACCUUGCAGAAUGAAAAUAGCACCCUGAAGGAUGAGGUGCUCGUCCAAACAAGGUCCCUCCAGAAACACGUGGAGAAUACUACGCUGCUUCGGGAGGAAAAUAACACCCUGCAGGACGAAAACUGCACCUUGCAUAAUGAAAAUAGCACCCUGCAGGAUGAGGUGUUCGUCCAAACAAGGUCCCUCCAGAAACAAGUUGCGAAAACUGCACUUCUUCGAGAGAAAAAUAGCAUCCUGCAGGAUGAGAUGAGCGAUCUCAAAGAGGCUCACAAAUCCAGCCUAGAAAAGCUCCAAGCUGUGCAGGAGAACAAUCAGGGCAUCCGAACUGAACUCGAGGACCCCAGCGACCUUCACGACGUGAAUGUGAAGAUGCUUACCAACGAGCAGCAGAAAAGCAAGACCCAAACCAAGUCUCUCCAGAAAGAAGUGGCAAACUUGAGUGAUGACCUUCAGAACGAAAACAGCAGCAAACAGAAAAAGAGGAGAAGAAAGCAGAAGGGAGCAGGAAGCUGUCUCUAAAUGAAACCACAUUGCGGUUUCAUGUGUGUAUAUAUAUAUGCAUAUAGUGUAAUAUGCAUAUAUAUGUACAGAGUGUAAUGUGUAUAUAUAUGUAUAUAGUGUAAUAUGCAUAUAUAUGUACAGA